CUGUGUUUUUCUCGUGCUAUUUUAUGUAAAGCUGCUUUGAAACAAUUAAAAAUUUUGAUAUAAAAAAUUAAAUAAUAAUACAUUGAAUUGAAAAACUUUGUAUGUUACAAACCUGUAAACACAACAAACUGUAAACAAAUUGCAGCUUAUACAUUUUAUACUUAUACAUUUUAUACAAACUUUUAUAUUUUGGCCAGGAUUUUUUUUUGCCAUAUGGGUUGUAAAAUUAGAAAUGUAUUUGUUGCCCCUGAAAUAAAAUAUAUGUUAAUAUAUAAAGGUUAAAACUAAAUACAUUUUCAUAUAAAAAAUUUUUUAUUAAGCUUUACUUUCUACAAAAUGUAUUUUUCAUAUAUUUUUGGCCAGAUAAAUGUUUUUUUUUUCUGUAUGGGGAGAGACAGAGAGAGACUAUAUUAGACUUUUAUUAGACUAUAAGGUAUAGUUCAGUGAGGUAACAUGUGUUUGUAAUGUGCAUGUAAGCCGUUUACGGGAGUAUUUUAAGCCUGUGUAUAGCCCAGAUUUAGCAUUGACAAUUAAAGUGCCGCUAUCCCAGGCUAAAUCCAGAUCUUCUAAACCUCAAAACCUUUCCAGAUGGAAGAGCAUGGAUUGCUUCGCAAAGAAAGUAAGCUAGUUUGACAGCAAAAUUAAGCAAUAAAACACCAUUGCGGAUAUCUACACAUAUUUUCUUUGGAGGUUUUCUUGACUGGAUUAGAGAUCUUUGUGGAUUUUUUUCUGUAGGUUUUGCUGAGAGUGUACUUGGAUUUUAUUUCCCCGUCCCACUUUGCUGACCUAUUACAACUGUAUCGGAACACUACACACAAAUGCCAAUUAAGAUAAUGUAGGCAGGACCUGCAUACUGGAAAUCUACAGACAUGGCAGCGAUCCAGGAUCCAAACCUGGGGUCGGGACCGGAUGAGGAUGCCUCUGAAAUCUCAUUUUUGGAAGAAGAGUCAGAUUCAGGAUCCCUGUGGUCUGAGGAUUCUGUUCUCCCAGAUUAUGAGAGAGAGGAUGUUAAGACAGGUACUGCCAACACAUUGUAUGCUUGUGUCCAAAAUGAUGCACAGGCCCUGAAGAGAGUGUUAGAGCGUGGUGUGACCUACGAGGAAGUGAUGGAAGUUGACAUGAAUGGAUGGAAUGGGAUGAUGUUUGCUUCAUACAAAGGUUUUCUUCCGAUUGUUUAUGGUCUUCACGGCUGUCCGCAUCUGGAUAUUAACCAUCAAGACAACGAUGGCAACACUGCUCUGAUGAUCGCAGCUCAAGCUGGUCAUGUCUCCAUAUGUAAUUACAUUAUGAAUUACUUCCCCGGAGCAGACACAGAGAUCAGAGACAACAGAGGGUUUACUGCUCUCAUUAAAGCAGCCAUGCAGGGCAGGAAUGAUGUGGUGGCAGCUCUUAUAAUGCACGGUGCUGAUGUAAAUGCCGUAGACUCAACCCGUGGUAAAAGUGCACGAGACUGGGCGCUAAAAACGGGCCGCUUCGACACGCUGCAACGUCUCCGUCGACUUGCACUACACCCGAUAGCGGAACAGUUCUGUGAUUCCUACAUCCCAGAGUGGCCCAACCUAAAGAUCCUCGUCGCCAAAGCAACAGCCAAUAAGAGUGCAGGCCAGAAACUGACUCAUAAUCUAAAGAGCACCUUUGGUUUCAGAUUCCCACGGGACGCGCAGGACAACGGUGUCAUGGAUCACAUGGUCAGAAUGACCACCAGUCUACGUAGUCCACUGAUAGCCACGGCCACACGGCCACUGUGCCCAAGCAGCCCUCCAGAGGUGGGCAAACGCCGGUUGGCUGUGCCUGAGCUGGUGCUCAAGCACUCCAAGAAACAGCUGGAGGAAGGUUCACUUUGCCAUAGAAACAACUCCGUUACGUCCAUUUCUCCAUCCGUCCACUCAUCUACAUUUGCUUCUGUGUCCUGCUGUGUUGAAACGCAGAGGCGAGGCAGUGUGCUGUCCAUUGCUCAGUCCGGCAUGCGCACCUUUAUACCUCGUAGCGUAGCAGCGAGACGCAACAGCGUGUUUCCCUCGGGUUGCGUUCCAAAGAUCAGAGUCACCAAAUCUUCUGAGCCCACCCCUAAGAAAGUAAAGAAAAACAAAAGACAGAAUGGUUACUUGGAGCCUCCGAAGUGGAAGUAUAAAGAAACCAAGAAUGAGAAGAAGAAGGAGAAGAAAGCAAAAAUAGAGGAGGAGGAGAAAGAAAAGAAACUGAAAGACAAGUAAACAGGAAAAAAUUAUGAGCAUUGAGGUGCGCAUUGAUGUAUUGACUGAGGUUUCAUACA